CCCCCGUAGUCCUUGGCAGUUGGCACCAAGGCUGUCCGAAAAGAUCUUCUACAACGCAGGUACACUCUUCCUUUGCCAACCAAUCACUGCCACAAAUCGCAUGCAACCCACCUGAUUGAUCUUCGGGAUCAAAUUACAAGACAGGGACCCAACCCAACAACUUUUUCCUAAGCGACACGUGGCCAAGAUAUGUUCAUCUUUCUCUUGUCUUUUUAGUUACUUUGCUUUUCAGUUUACGACAACAGAAGGACAAACCAUUUUGUGUAAAAACAAAAUUGUUGAAAAAAAAGGUGGUGUGAAAAGAACUUUGAUGAUGCCAUACUCUAAAUUUAUAACCAUUUGUAAAUGAAAAAGAGAUUCCCAUAAUCCACAAAGUGUGGGGUGAAGUGUCAAUUCAAGAAGAAGAGAUUUUUAUGGCAGAUUCAGCUGUUGGAAAUUUUUGACAAGAACCAUGUAUAAUCAUUUAGAUUUUUCUUUUUUUUUUGCCCUUUAAUUUUUAUGGUGUAUAAAUUCUUGGGUUUUUCCUAUUCUUGUUUUCAUUCAAUUUUUUGUUGAUAUCAAACUGUUCAGUCAGGAGAAGGAGCUGAUUCUAUUAUCUGUUACAGAUUCAAAAGUUAAAAGUAAGGUGCCAAUCUACCAGAUUGCUUGAAUGACUCGCUUAAAGAAUCUCUUUGAUGAAGGUUCUGGAACCAGUACCGAACAGCUCGAUCCUGUAUCAUGCGUCAACGUGGAGAAUGUCGAAAGGCUCAAUGAGAAGGCCUUCUCAAAUGGAGAUUUAUAUGUUGGUGAUUUUAAGGAAAUUCUUCCCCACAGCAAGGGAAAGUAUACAUGGUCAGAUGGAACAGUAUAUGAGGGUGAUUGGGAAGCAGGGAAAAUGACAGGUAAAGGACUAUUACAUUGGCCAUCGGGAGCCAAAUACAAUGGUGAUAUCUCGGGGGGUUACCUUCAUGGUUUUGGUGCGUUUACAGCACCUGAUGGAUCCAUUUACGAAGGGCAAUGGAGGAUGAAUAUACGACAUGGAUUUGGGAGAAAGAAGUAUUCUAAUUCAGAUGUUUAUGAAGGAGAAUGGAAGGAAGGAGUACAUGAAGGUAAGGGUAGAUAUUUUUGGAAUAAUGGAAACAAAUAUACUGGGAAUUGGAAACGUGGAAAAAUGCAUGGUAGGGGUGUUAUGGAAUGGGUAAAUGGUGAUCAGUACAAUGGAUGUUGGUUAAAUGGCCUCAGACAUGGUUGUGGAAUUUAUCAGUAUGCUGAUGGGGGAUAUUAUUUUGGAACAUGGAUCAGGGGUCUUAAGGAUGGGAAAGGAACAUUCUAUCCUGCUGGAAGUAAAUGUCCCUCUCUAAAGAAGUGUUCUAUCUCUCUGGGAUAUAAGAAUGGUCAUAAAAGUGUGUCAUCUCAAUGUUCGUCACUAAAUUUGGAGGAAUUCGUGGUUAAGAAACCAAGUGUUAAGCGUAGUCUUUCUGAGAAGAUCUCUAUAAGUGGAGUUCUAAGAAGUUCAGGUCGAAUGUCACACAAGACUGCUGAAAAUUCAAGACUUUCUGAUUCUGGUAGAGAAUUUAUACGCUAUAACUCCUCGGGCACAUUCUCCCUUGAUUCUGAUGCUGGUCAAAGUGAGGUGCAAGAAAAUACUGCUGUAGUUUACGAGAGAGAAUACAUGCAAGGAGUUAUGAUUAAAGAGAGAAUAAGAAAUUGCACUGAAUUAUCAAAGAAAGAUGAAAAACGAACUAGAAGUCAUGCCAAAGAAACAAAAAAGAGUUCAUGUGUUGGCAUUUUCAGGGGCAAAAAUAGCUAUCAUUUGAUGCUUAAUUUGCAACUUGGUAUAAGGUAUACUGUUGGCAAGAUAACACCAGUGCCUAAGCGUGAGGUUCGAAAUGCUGAUUUUGGAGAUCGAGCUAGAAUUACUAUGUUUUUCCCUAGAAGGGGUUCACAGUUUACACCUCUGCACAAAUCUAUUGAUUUCUACUGGAAGGAUUAUUGUCCUAUGGUUUUCAGGAAUCUGAGGGAGAUGUUCAAGCUAGAUGCAGCAGAGUACAUGAUGUCCAUUUGUGGUGAUGAUGGUCUGACAGAAAUAUCUUCUCCAGGGAAAAGUGGCAGUAUCUUCUAUCUAUCUCAUGAUGAUAAAUUUGUGAUCAAGACAUUGAAAAGAUCUGAACUCAAGGUUUUACUCAAGAUGCUGCCUAACUACUACAAUCAUGUAAAAGAAUAUGAAAAUACUCUCAUAACAAAAUUUUUUGGGCUCCACCGGAUAACUUUAGCAGGCAGAAGAAAGGUGCGCUUCAUGGUUAUGGGGAAUAUGUUUUGCACAGAACUGCGAAUUCAUCAUCGUUAUGAUCUAAAGGGAUCAACUCAUGGAAGAUAUACAGAGAAAGAUAAAAUUCAUGAAAAUACUACAUUGAAGGAUCUUGAUCUGUCAUAUGAGUUUCAUAUGGACAAAUCAUUGCGGAAAUUCCUUUUUUACCAAAUUGAUGUGGACUGCAAGUUCUUGAAAUCUCAACAGAUAAUUGAUUAUAGCCUUCUAUUGGGUUUACAUUUUAGAGCUCCCAAGCAACUAAACGGCCUCCUAGAACCUCCCAACAUGAUGCCCAAUAUUGAGAGCUCACCUACCAGCCACGGUAUGAUCACAGAAGAACUGUUAUUUCCUUCAAAAGGCUUGCUGCUGGUGGCCCAUGAACCAAGCUCUGUUAACACUGAACCAGGUCCUCACAUUAGAGGAAAGGCAUUAAGAGCUUACUCUCUCGGUGACAAGGAAGUUGAUGUUUUGGUACCCGGUACUGGAAGGUUACGGGUGCAAUUAGGAGUAAACAUGCCAGCGCAGGCUAAUCACAAGCUUUACCGGGAUGAAACAGAUUCAGCUGAAGUUGAACUUUUUGAAGUUUAUGAUGUGGUUCUCUAUAUGGGAAUAAUUGAUAUUUUACAGGAAUACAAUGCAAAGAAAAAGGCGGAGAAUGCAUGCAAAUCAGUGAAAUAUGACCCCUUGUCAAUAUCUGCUGUUGAACCCGAGCUGUAUGCUAGACGUUUUAUCGGUUUCUUGCAACAAAAAGUUUUCCCCGAACUACCAUGAGUGAAAACUGUAUAUAUUUAUCUGUUUUGCUUCAUAUUUUUCAUUUCUGUUUCCUUCUGUUGUACAUUUUGGCUCACCUUGACAUAAUUCAUUUUACAGUCAUUUAUUAUAGAGUUUUCACUAUCUGCACCUCAUGUACUGGUUGGAUAGUGAUUUUAUAUUCAGCAUUUCUAAUAGGUGCAAUAAAGUUUUGUUUUUUUUUUUUUCUGAUAUUUCUGUGGUUAAUGUUGUUCUGUAUAGGCUCUUAAUAUUUUGCAUUUACAUGCAACCUACCAUGAUUGCUUUCCUCAGUGCAUGCACUCUACUUUG